AAUCAGUUUUUCCAGCCUUCCAACUCUUUCUUUCUCCAGUCUGUAGAGGGAACAUUACAGACGAAGCAAAGCAAAGAAGGACAGCGUGUAAGGCAGUGGAAAAGAAGAAAAAUACUGAAAAAUGGAUUUCGUAUCUCUGCUGGUCCCCUUUUUCGUGUUGAAGCUUGUCAUCAAGUUAAAGCACAAUUCCUUCAUCAUUACGAGUCUCUUCCACGCAACCCUCCAUCCCCACCACCACCACCAUUAAUUCCCUCCUCUACCCGACACACACAUUCUCUCUCUCUCUCGCAUUACUCUCUCUCUCUCUCUCUCCAACACUGCACCUUUAUCAUGAGCUUCUCUGCAAAAUAUAGCAGAAAACCCAAUUUAAAUUGGUCAUUGCCGUCGCUGAUUUCUCACCACAUUUGUUAAAUUGCGCGGGUAUUUGGUUCCGUUUUGCCAAUUCUGUUGUGAUUUUUUUAUAUUAUAUCGAAUUUUAGCUUGAAUUUAGCAGAUUGAAUUCUGGGUAUCUGACUUCUCAGUCAUGCUAGGCUUAGCCUCACCCAAAACACCAUCCCAGACCAUUUUCGUGCCCGACCCGACCCGUAAAAUAGAGCACUUCAAUGGUACCAAAACCCCUUCACCUUCCACCUCACGAACGAAAGCCUCCAGAAAAACCCAACCCGUCGAUGAGACUUCGCUCGACAACCCGGAUCUGGGUCCGUUCUUGUUAAAGCUCGCCCGGGAUACUUUCGGGUCGGGCGAGAGCCCGAACAAGGCGUUGGACUACGCCAUUCGGGCUUCCAAGUCAUUCGAGAGGUGUUCGGGUCCGGGUCUGGACCUCGCUAUGAGCUUGCACGUUGUGGCCGCGAUAUACUGCAGUUUGGGCAGGUUUGAGGAGGCUGUUCGGGUUUUGGAGCGGGCAAUUGAGGUCUCGGAUCCGGAAAACGGGCCGGACCAUGCACUGGCUAAGUUCUCCGGGUACAUGCAGCUGGGUGACACGUGUUCGAUGCUGGGACAGCUUGAGCAGUCCAUUUUAUGUUACGAGUCGGGUUUGAAGAUCCAAAGGGAGACUCUGGGCGGGUUGGAUCCGAGAGUUGCCGAGACUUGCAGGUACCUAGCAGAGGCCCAUGUCCAAGUAAUGCAAUUUGAUGAGGCAGAGAACUACUGCAAGAAGACUCUUGAAAUUCGAAAGGAGCAUAGCUCACCUGCGUCUGUAGAAGAGGCUGCUGACCGGCGCCUCAUGGCUCUCAUCUAUGAGGCAAAGGGAGAUUAUGAAUCUGCACUCGAGCACCUUGUUCUUGCAAGCAUGAUUAUGAUUGCCAAUGGGCAAGACAAUGAGGUUGCCGCUAUCGACAUGGGCAUUGGUGACAUUUACUUGUCUCUUUGCCGCUUUGAUGAGGCAGUUUUUUCCUACCAGAAAGCACUUACAGUGUUCAAAUCCACAAGGGGUGAAAACCACCCUUCUGUAGCAUCAGUUUUUAUUCGCCUGGCUAACUUGUAUUACAAGACAGGCAAGCUAAGAGAGUCCAAAUCCUACUGUGAGAACGCGUUGAGGAUAUACGCGAAACCUUUGCCUGGAAUCAUAUCUGAGGAAAUUGCUAGCGGGUUGACGGAAAUCUCAGCCAUCUACGAAGCUGUCAAUGAGCCUGAGGAGGCGCUAAAUCUCUUGCAGAAGGCAAUGAAGUUAUUAGAAGACACCCCUGCACAGCGGAGCACGAUUGCAGGAAUAGAAGCGCAGAUGGGUGUUAUGUUCUACAUGGUUGGGAGGUAUGGGGAGGCCUGGAGGUCCUUUAAGAGUGCUAUAUCAAAGCUUCGGGCCAGUGGGGAGAGGAAAUCAGCACAUUUUGGUAUUGUGCUGAACCAGAUGGGAUUGGCUAGUGUGCAGUUGUACAAAUUAGAUGAGGCUGCUCGGCUUUUUGAAGAAGCAAGGGAGAUUCUGGAGCAGGAGUGUGGCCUUUGUCAUGUGGAUACUCUUGGAGUAUAUAGCAACCUUGCAGCAACUUAUGAUGCCAUGGGAAGAGUAGAAGCUGCAAUUGAGAUGCUAGAGCACAUUCUAAAGGUAAGGGAAGAGAAGCUUGGGACGGCACAUCCAGAUUUUGACGACGAGAAGAAAAGGCUGGCUGAUCUUUUGAAAGAAGCAGGAAGGGCUAGGAACAGAAAAGGAAAAUCACUUGAAAAUCUACUUGGUUCCAACUCCCACCAAAGGACGAAGAAGGAAGGAGUGAAGAGGUGGGCUGGCUUUGGAAACAAAACUUGAUCAAGAAUAUGACUCUCUCCCUCAGCUCUUUUUUCCCCUGCUGCAAGUUUUAUUUAUUUAGCAGAUUUUGUAGAUACCAAUGGAUGCUAUUUCAAUUUCCACUUGGUUUUCACUUUGCUGUCUUUGUCUAGUCACUCACUUGUUUCCUGGAAUUGCUUCUCUUGUGAAAUUUAACCUCUUUUCUCGGUAA